AUGUUGGCCUUCGAGGCAGGCAAGGCUAUUAUUCAAUCGUUGUCCACACCAUUCAACUACAAUGGUCAAAACUACUACUGGGAUAAGCACCCAAAUGUGAGAAACAGUGAUAUUGAGUGCUCGAUUUCCAUAGACGAGUUGCAGAAGCUCUCAGGUUCAAAACAACAAGCAAGGGCGAAGCGGCAGUUGAACUCGAGUACAACGACGUCACCAUCGCCGACGAACAUGGCACCAGAUGAUAUUUUAAAAAAUUUGCAAUACCCGAAUGGUACUCGCCCGCAGCAGAUCACUUGGGUUUGUAAACGUCAAUAUGAGGUCUGCUGUGGUACUGAUUGCUGUCCAUCCGAUGAAGAUUUCGGGCUUCAAAGCAUAGGAUGGAUUAUUGGAAUAAUUGCGGCUUUGGUUCUUGCGGCAUGCUGUUGUUUUGGUCUUUGUUACGUGUUAAAAAAUACUGCUGAACAAAACCAACGACGUAAGGAUGUUCUAAAGACUUUUGUUCUUGGCCGAAUGUAUCACCAUGGUCGUAAUCAAGAGUUCAAUUUUAUCAUUUUAGACACUUCGAUGAUGCCUCAUCUUGUUCACAAUCUUCCAAGUCCCAACGACUCGAAUUGUAUUCAACCGAAUCCAUACUCAUUCGAGCCACUUAACGACCAGUACACGAACACCUAUGACUCACAACAAAGGUACCCGCAAUACCCACAACAGGGGUACCCACAAUACCCACAGCAAGGAUAUCCACCAUACCCACAUCAAGGGUACCAGGAACGAUAUCCUUCCUAUUAA